AUGCGCUGCCCAGACCCACGACGCGAUCGACCGCCUGUGAUGAUCAAGCUGGUGUCGAUGCCCUCCAGCUCCUUAUCCUUAUCGUGUUUUCUCUUCGCUGCGCUGAUGUCGCGGCUCGUUGGAUACGAGCCGCUAAAACUAACACCAGCAUCCUGCAGCCGUUCGCGCAGAAUAUCUUCUGCUUCAUCUGUCGACUCCGCACUCUUCAGGAGCUUGUAUACUUGGGGGCUAAACCGGAAAGACAACCCGCGCGACCCAAUUCCUUCAACGAAGCCAGUCCUGGCGGGUCCACUUGCUUAA